AUGGAUCAGAACAGGCAACGGCUCGAAACUGAGCCAGGAUCUCUGAAAGAGGAUACCAAUCGAAGCCAAACAUCCACUCAAUACCACCCACAGGCAAAUUCUGUCUUUACUGCCACGUCUGCUUCUCAAGACUUCGUUCCCACAUCAUACCCAAACACUGCUUCAGACACGUACUUGACGCCAGAAUCAGGUUCAAAGAUCCAGUCGGAACUGGACCAGAUCAAUGCCCUCCUCGACGCCAUCCGGCUGAACAUCGCAAAUAUCCUGCGCACCUGGGGCCGCGAUAGCCCGCAGUAUGCAUCUGCUGCGGGGAUCAUGCAGAGUUAUCUUGUUGAGAACAUGAAGAGGCUAAGGCUCGUAGCCGGGUCUGAGAGAUCCCUCAAUGAAGAUAUCCACGCAGUCGAUGUCAGUGAAAGUCGGACGAGAGAACCGCUUGAGAUCGAUAUGGAUGAACGGGCGAAGAACGUUGAAGAAGGGAUUGAGCAGCUUAUGAGGGAGUUGCGACUUGAAUGA